CGUAUCAGGCAGACAACAACAGCUUCAGAGUUGGAACCUCAUCGCAGUGAUUAUUCAUCUCAGUUAUUGGCGUCAAGGAGCGGAGAAUCUACGAGUUCGCACUUUUUUUUUACGCGUCUUGACAUCUUUCGCCGAGGAAGUUUUCUUUAAAAGAAAAAGUAUAUUUUCUAUUUAUCUCGCUGAGGACAAGAAAGCAGAGACCAUGGAUGUGGUGUGUCUGAUGUGCUUGGCGCUGACCGUCGGUGCGUGGUUUGCCUCCGCGGAGCGACACAGCGUCUAUUGGAACAGCUCAAACCCAAACUUCGUUUGGGAUGACUACACGGUGGAGGUGCGCAUCAAUGACUACCUGGACAUCAUCUGCCCCCACUACACCCACGAGGAGGUGGCGUCGCAUUCGGCUGAGCGCUACGUCCUGUACAUGGUGGAGAAGGAGGACUAUGACGUGUGCAAGCCUCACUCGUUCGAUCAGCUCCGCUGGGAGUGCUCCAGGCCCUUCGCUCCCCACGCUCCGGAAAAAUUCUCCGAGAAGUUCCAACGCUUCACGCCCUUCACGCUGGGAAAAGAGUUCAGGGCGGGGGAGAGCUACUACUAUAUCUCUAAGCCAAUGCAUCACCAUGGCAGCGACUGCUUGAGACUGAAAGUUGACGUCGUCGGGCACAAAGGCUCCGUGAAUUCUCGAGACAAAUCCAAGGCCGAGGAGAAGAAAAAGGAGGAGGAGAGGAUAACGUUUAUUGCUGCAGGAGGAGUUCACAACCCCUCAAACCGGCUCCCAGCAGAUGACCCCGCAGUCAUGGAGCCAAAUGUCCAGAGGAGCAUCGGCAGCUCUGCAGCACAGCUGGUGUCUUUGUCGUUCUUUUUCACCGUGAUCCCAGUCUUGUUAGCCAUGAAGCUGCACUGAGGCCCGCCGCUCCUCCAAAAACAGAGACAUUUUGAACCCGAUGCAGGCUGUUGGGAAAUAAACACUGAGAUUUUA